GCGCGGCCGGCGGGCCCUGCGCAGUGGCGGUGGUAUGGGCGCGGGCACCGGCGCGGGCUGCGGGAGCCCGGCUUUCUGCCCGGGCCGGGCCGCUGGCGGUGACCGCGCGUCGCAGCCUCUGCUGUCCGCGGGGAGGCGGUCCCCGCAACCGGCGCAACUUGCCUCGGCGCCUCUGUGAGGAGCGCAGCGCGGAGAGAGCUUGCGGGGCGCGAUGCCUCCGGCCGGCGGCCCCCGCACACCGCGCCCGCACGCGCUGCCCCGCAGCCUGUCCCGCUUGCGCGAGUGCCCGGGCCGUUCCCGCAUCGUGCUGGCUCUCGGGGCCACGCAGAUGGCGCUCGGAUGCCUCAUCGUGGCCGUGAGCUUCGCGGCGCUGGCGCUCACCACCUCGGCCCGCGUGCGCCACUCCUGCCCUUUCUGGGCCGGCUUCUCGGUGCUGUUGUCUGGCCUCAUUGGUGUCGUCUCCUGGAAGAGGCCUCUCUCACUUGUGAUCACCUUCUUUAUGCUGCUCUCUGCAGUGUGUGUGAUGCUCAACCUAGCCGGCUCCAUCCUCUCCUGCCAGAACGCCCAGCUCGUCAGCUCCCUCGAAGGCUGCCAGUUGAUCAAGUUCGACAGCGUGGAGGUGUGUGUCUGCUGUGAGCUGCAGCACCACUCCUCCGGAUGCAGCAACCUUGGGGAGACCCUGAAGCUGAACCCCCUGCAGGAGAACUGCAACGCUGUGAGGCUGACCUUGAAGGAUCUCCUCUUCAGCGUGUGUGCCCUCAAUGUCCUCUCCACCAUCGUGUGCGCCUUGGCCACAGCCAUGUGCUGCAUGCAAAUGGUCUCUGCUGAUGUCCUGCAGAUGUUCUUCCCACAGAGGUCCCACUCUGCCAGUGCCGCCUGCCUGACUCCGCACGGCACCAUUCUCCACCAGACUCUGGACUUCGACGAGUUCAUCGCCCCCCUCCCGCCUCCACCCUAUUACCCUCCAGAAUACACCUGUACACCCACAGCGGAGGCCCACAGGGGCCUCCACCUGGACUUCGCUCCCUCUCCCUUCAGCACUCUGUACGACGUUGCCAUCAACAGCCCUGGCAUGCUGUACCCUGCUGAGCUGCCCCCACCGUACGAGGCCGUGGUGGGUCAGACUCCCGCCAGCCAGGUUCCAAGUGUCGAUCACCAGGUGGCUGACUCCAGUUCCGGGGAUCCAAACACUGCUGCUGACUUCAGCACACCAGUGCCUGCCAGUAGCACGAGUCUCCCAACAUCAGAGGGUGCCACCUCACUGGGUCCGAGCCACCCAUCCCCUGAUGGCACCUUAGACACUCCACCACCCCUUCUGUCUACUCCAGUUCCUCACCAUGUGUCUCCAGAAGCAACAAGCUUGAACACACAGGCACAACCGAGCCCAGGGCGUGUGGCCCGCUCGGCCAGCGACCCCACCUCCUGCACAUCCAGUGAAGCAGUCUCGACAUUGCGCCCAGCCAUGGCUGCCUGUCAGCACCAGCUCUCAUCUGCUGGCAACCCAGACACCUGGAAAACGGACCAAGGGACCAAGCCAGAGACCGUACAGACCGUCUCCAAAGAGCGGCCGCACUCCUUAGUGGAGAGCAAGGUGGCGGCAGGCACACCUGUGUUGAAGGAUACAGAUGGUCAGCCACUUAUUUCUGGGAGAAUGCCAGUAGCGAAUGUGCCGAAGCAAAGCAAGACCUGCGUGGGCACAACCAGGGUGGCUUUGGGCAAAAUGGCCACCCCAGGCUUUCUUGGCUGUUCAGACGUCAUUUUCUGGCAAGAUCAACAGCAACCACUUCUCAGCAACGGGGCCGGAGCAACCUGUCUGCAAGAACUUCCUGCAAAAAGUGGAAACGCCCAUAUCUGGUUCAUCCAGAGCAGCAGCUACAAGCACGUGAGAUCACUGUACCCCAACGAGCCUAUGGGCCUCAGUAUCAGUGGCACAGAAGCCCUGAGUCUAUGGGAAGUGCCCGGGUGGACUGGAGUGUGACCACUAUUGUUCAGUGUCCAGCUGGCAGGCUUAUGCAGCUCUUUCCUCUAUUCUGCCUGCCAUGGCCUGUCCUUCGGCCUCUACUCCCCUGUUCCAGCCCCCCAAUUCCCUGUAGCCAAUAUGCUGAGGCCCUUCAUGUGUUUGGAAGCUGUGGGGCUUCAGCCCACAUGGCUUGGGAAACACCCAGUGGUGGUGGUCAGCUAUCCAUGCUCUGGUGACUUUACCGUUGCCAUAGCUGUUGCCUUCCUGAGGUUAGGGAGCUGAAAAAUAUAAAUCAGGCAUUUGAUGGCAACCUUGCCUUUUCCACAGGAGACGUAAUAGAGAUGAGUUUUUGAGCACUUUAUUCAGACUAUAAAAUCCUCUAAUUUUUCUCAAGUGAGGACUUUGUCAAAUCUCUUCCAGGUAGAAUGGCCUCCCCUGAGCCUAUCAGCUUGAAAAACCUCCAUAGCCUGGGCUUGGGUGUGUGACGUUUUCAUCGCCUCAGAGAUGAAGCGAGGCAGCUGCAGGUGUCUCGUGAUUGGAGGACCCAUGCAGCAGUGUAAACACCUGUGGACUUCAGAACAAGCUGAGAUCCAAGAGAGGCCAGGACCCGCCCCAUCCCAACUGACCCAAGCUCUAGGGUAUUUUCAUAGUGUAGCCAGGGUGAACAGUUUCUGGACACAGUGCGGGACUCUGUGGCCUUCAUGCUGCCUUUUUUGCAGCAGGCCCUCGUCUGUCACGUGGCACUCUUGCCUCAACCUGCACCUCCCCCAGCUGCAGGCUACCACCACCACCUGGAAGCCCUGAGUCCCAGACAGUCUCAAGAAAGGGGUAUGUAUAAACCAUCCUGGCUAGGUUAUGAGAUGGCUUUAUCUUAAGGAUAAAGAAACCACAGGACUUCAUGCUCCUGGGUGGAUGAGAACUCCUGGCUCCCAGAGCAAGGCUGUUAGAUGACAGAUCAAUCCCCAUUCACCUUCACAGGGCCCCAGAUGGCCCACAUGAGCACUAGAAAUGCCCAGGGUCCAGGUUUCCAGGAAGUCAGAGGUAUUGGAUAUAGCCGCUAGAUGGCAUUCUUGCAAUUUGACUUGUCUCUUCUGGGUCCCUCGGCUCUGCCUCAGUGGUGACCUAGUACUGGGAACCCCAGGCAAUAUGUGGGUUCCCUGAAGCCAAAACCGCCAUCCUCCACAUUGCUUGCACAUCCUUCCACCUUGGAAGCUUUGCCCGUGCUUUUUUUUUUUUUUUUCCCUGAUAUCUGAACUGGGCUCACCAGUGAUCAUUUGGGAGGGGAUGCUCUCACUCCAGGCUGACCAGGUCUCGGCCACCCCCCCAAAAAAAGGCCAGCAUCUUCUAGGACAUCCUUCUCAUGUCUGCCUGGAGGCAGGAAGAUGCUGAUGCGAACCCACUGUGGGUACCAACUCUACUUUGGGGAAGGCAAGGGGCAGGAGUCUCCAUCACAAGGACAAAGGUCUCCUUCUCAGGGAGGCCAUAACCAAAUGAAAUGCUUGCAGUCAACCCUGGAAUGGAAAGCUCACUUCGGAUAUUCUUUCCCCCUUCUGCUCUAGCAGCUCACAGAUGCUGCUGAAGCAGAAUUUAUAGGAAAUUGUUUUCAGGCCACCAGAGAGUUGUUUGUACAACUUGAAAGGUUGUAUUUAUUUAAUGUACCUCAAGGUGUUUUAAUAAUGAUCAGUGUUUUAAUAAAAAGUAUUUCUGGUC